AUGAGGCUUCAUAAUUUAUGUGGCCCUCCGAGGUUUCUUUUCACAAUCAACAAAGAAACCAGUUUGGAUAUGGAAUCAGAAGGUAGAAGGGGUUCAAGAACAGUAAGUUUGAGUGAGCUUCUUCACACACCAGAUACACCAAUUUCGUUAUCGCAUUUUAAGAAGGCCACACAAGGUCCCAAUUUGGAAGUUUAUAUGAAUCCAUUGUAUGAUUUUGACUCUAAGGAUUUUGAUUUCAACAAGAUUAGAUCUUCACCACCUCCCACGUUCAAAUUCUUAAGAGAUGCGGAGGAGAAAUUAUUGAGAAGAUUGAUGGAAUUAGAAUAUGAGAAAAGGGCGAGUUUAAACCCAAAACCCCAUUGA